AUGGGGAUGUUAACAUUUGGCCGUUUCCUUAGCCGACCUUACCCUCACUACCGGGACGGUCCUACCAUCUUCUCCUUUCAACAACAGUUCCUGAUGGAGGGAUCCACCGUCAACCAACACCGAAGGUCAGACUCGGUAGUUGCAGAGUCUCUCGCCUCAACUCCAGGUCCCGAUGAGUUGGAUAACCCGUUUUUGGAGGAGUUCGCCGAUGGGGAUGACUUCUACUCGCCUCCCGCCUCCCCAGGCAAACUGUCGAGGAACGGCUCUUUCUCCAAUAGCAGUUCGUACCAAGAGGACUGGGAGACUUUCCCGCCACUCGACAAGUUGACCAUUUUCGAUGUCCUCGAUAAUAUCCAACUCACACAAAGACUGGAGAAAUGGCAACAGACGAUCAACCUACAAAGAGAGAAGGUGCGGCUGCAACGUGAGAAGCUCCGAUCGCGAGGACAGAAUGCGCGACAGCGUGUGGUGGGAGAAAUCAGACGCCGUGUGCCAACGGCCGAUGAGCAGCUCGAGAAAUACCGCCAGCGUAUGAAGACCGGUGUGGAGCGGUUGGGUAAGCAGUGGAACAAGACUGCCACUGUGACCCUCCGUGAGAAGGCGUCCUUCAUCGCAGGUGUGCUCAAUAUCUUUAUCAGUGGAUAUCUGAUCGGCCAGUGUCCUGAGUACUUCUAUCUCUGGUUUACCGCCCAACUUGCCUAUUUCAUGCCCAUUCGAUACUAUACCUACCACGCCAAGGGAUAUCAUUAUUUCCUGGCCGACCUCUGCUACUUCGUCAACAUGCUUUGCAUGCUGAGCUUGUGGGUAUUCCCAGGCUCGAAGCGGUUGUUCUUGGGUACCUACUGCUUGACCUUUGGUAAUAACGCAGCGGCGAUUGCUAUGUGGCGAAACUCGCUGGUCUUCCAUAGUAUGGAUAAGGUAGUCAGUCUCUUCAUCCAUAUCAUGCCGCCUGUCACUCUGCACUGUCUUGUGCACCUCACCCCUGUCGAGAUGCUCAAGGAACGAUUCCCUGCUAUCUAUGCCAUCAAGUUCAGCCAGCCGGGUGACCCAGAACACUAUUCUCUUGGAGCCAUGAUCAUCUGGGCUACUGUACCCUACUUCGUCUGGCAACUGUCAUAUCACUUCUUGAUCUCCGUGCGUCGUGCUGAUCAGAUUGCGGCCGGUCGCCCGACUAGCUUCACCUGGCUUCGCAAAUCCUACUCCAAGGCUGCGAUUGGUCGAUUCGUUCUGAGUCUUCCCGACGCACUACAAGAACCAGCCUUUAUGCUGAUUCAAUAUGGAUUUGCGCUCUCUACUAUGAUUCCCUGCCCGCUGUGGUUCUGGUACCGAUGGGCUAGUAGUAUCUAUAUCUCUGCCCUGUUUGUCUGGAGUAUCCACAAUGGUGCAACUUACUAUAUUGAUGUCUUCGGCAAGCGAUUCCAGAAAGAGCUGGAGCAGCUGAAGAAGGAUGUUGCACGGUGGCAAAGCUCUCCCGAGGGCGCGGCUAGUCCGUUCAUCUUCCCGGAUACGCCUGCUACGGUCGCGUCUGACGCAUUGAAGACUCAUCCUUCCGCCGAUAAACGGAAUAGCGUUGAUCGGAUCCCUCUUCUGGAUCCUACCAGUGCUGCCUCGACUGCCUUCCAGGAGGCUGCUGGAGACAUCAACUCUGAGGUUCGUGAGCGAAUUUGA